UCAGUUUUCCCACUAAUCAACCAAUAAUCAUAGGUCAAGGUUUCUGCGGGGAAAAUUUCCAAAUAUCGAUAUUUUCGGAGCAUCGAUGUUUUACUCUUGAUGUAAAUAUAAACAGUAAUCAGCUGAUUUGUGUUGAUUACGAUCUCUUAUCCGACGAAAUAAAUAUAGAGAACACCUUCAGAAUGUUAAGGAGCUUUUGGGUUCAAAAAACGACAAAGAAAAUUCUUCUGCUUAAAAGAUGGAACACAACGCUAACCAAUGGAGAAUCAAACGUUUAUGAUUGCAUUGUGAUAGGCGGUGGCCAUGCUGGUACGGAAGCAAGUGCCGCUGCUGCUAGAAUGAAGGCGCGCACAUUGCUUAUCACGCAUAAACUCGAAACAAUUGGAGAAAUGUCGUGCAACCCAUCAUUUGGAGGGAUUGGCAAGGGCCAUUUGAUGCGAGAAGUUGAUGCAUUGGAUGGAUUGUGUGCACGUUGCUGCGACGUCUCUGGUGUACAAUACAAAGUGCUGAAUCGUAGGCGCGGGCCGGCUGUGUGGGGACCGCGCGCGCAAAUCGAUCGGCAGUUGUAUAAACAAGCCAUACAAAGCGAGUUAUUCAAUAUGGAUAGUUUAGAAAUACGAUGCGCAGCAGUGGAUGACUUAUACCUAGAAACGAAUGCGGAUGGUAAUUCGCAAUGCUGUAAAGGUGUGGUAUUGAAAAGUGGCGAAAUUGUGCCAGGUCGAACGGUGAUUUUAACGACGGGAACAUUUUUACGAGCUAACAUUAAUAUUGGGCUUGAAGUGCGUCCUGCUGGAAGAAUAGGCGAUGAACCGGCAAUGGCCUUGGGCCAAUCGCUAGAGAAUCUUGGGUUCCGCAUGGGCCGGUUAAAGACAGGCACCCCGCCGCGCAUUGCUAAAGAUAGCAUCGGCUAUGAACGCCUCGCGCGGCAUUCAGGCGACAAUCCUCCGAUGCCUUUCUCAUUCAUGAACGAACGGGUAUGGAUUGAAGCAGACAAUCAAUUGCCUUGCUACCUAACGCAUACAACAUUACGAGUAAAUAAUAUUGUGCGUGAGAAUUUGCAUGUGAAUCGCCAUGUGACGGAAGAAGUGACCGGUCCACGCUAUUGUCCAUCCAUUGAGUCAAAAGUUUUGCGUUUUGGAGAAAAAGUACAUCAAAUCUGGCUUGAACCAGAGGGUUUCGAGAGCAAACUUAUCUAUCCCCAGGGACUGUCUUGUACCUUGCCAUUUGAACAACAAGUAGAGCUAGUACACAGCAUUCAUGGCUUAGAGGAAGCGGAAGUUAUACAACCUGGAUAUGGCGUAGAGUACGAUUUUAUAGAUCCUCGAGAACUAUUUGCCACACUAGAAACGAAACGUGUGGAAAACCUCUUUUUUGCUGGCCAAAUUAAUGGCACGACCGGCUAUGAAGAGGCUGCAGCACAAGGGAUAAUUGCUGGCGCAAAUGCUGCGGGUAAAGCCAUAAAUUAUCGCUCAAAUGCAUUAGCAAACAAAGAUCCAACGCAGCUGACGAUAAGUCGCACUGAAGGCUAUAUUGGUGUACUCAUCGACGAUCUAACAACAUUAGGCACUAACGAACCAUAUCGCAUGUUUACUAGCCGGGCAGAGUUUCGCCUUUCACUGCGACCGGAUAAUGCCGAUGUGCGACUAACAGAGAAAGGCUACAAUUUUGGUGUGGUGACCGAAAGUCGAUAUAAGCGCUUCAAAGCUGCGGAACGGAAACUACAGCAAGCAAUCGACCAGUUGAAAUCAAUGCAACGACAUUCCAACUAUUGGCGACGUACACUAGGCCUACGUGAAGCGAAAACCUCUGUGGAAAAAUCCGCUUUUGAUAUGCUAGGCAUACCUGCGGACAACAUAACACUAACACAACUUAUAGAAUUGCAACCAGACGAAUUAGACUGGUUAGGAGUUGAACAAACCAUAUGUGAGCGGCUAAAAAUUGAGGCAUUGUAUGAACAUUUUGUGGCCGAACAGCGGCGUGAUGUAGACGAUGUCCGGCGAGAUGAAGGACUAGCGAUACCUGCUAAUAUUGACUAUUUCGCUAAAUCGUUAAGUCUAUCGAAUGAAGAGCGACAAAAAUUGUCGCUGAUACAACCACAGACCAUAGCAGCAGCGAGUCGUAUACAAGGCGUUACACCAGCAACCAUUGUACGAUUGCUCAAAUAUGUGAAACGCGCAGGAGCAGCUGAACAAGUGAUAAGUGCGACCUGAAGUGACGUGGUGGGACCGCAGAGCAGAGGAAUUUUCUUAAAUUGUUUAAUUAAUUGAGUUUAUACAUAGUAAAAAUUAAUAACUUUUGUUUUUAAUACUUAUAUGUAUAUAAGAGAUAUAUUUACUUAAAACAGUUUAUAAUUUACAUAUUCAGCAAAAAGGGUGUACCAUAGGACUAGGACUAAAAAUUAGCAAUGAUAAGUCUAUAUAUGUAUUUAUGUAUGUAUACGAUUUUAUAAAAUACGAUAUUUAUAGAAAUGUUGCAAUAACUCAUACUACUAUCCAACGCUUUUAAGUCAUAUAAUUGGAGGUACAUUAGCAUUGAAGCAUGUUUCUAAAAAUUCUUUACAAUUUCGUUUACUACACUUAAUCCCUUUGUCUUUACUUAAUAAAUCAACUAUAAAAAAUGAAUCGCUAAAAUAAAUUAUUGCCACAUGCACGAGGCACAAUUUCGUUCUUCGUGU